AUGAAUUAUUGGGCAUUGGCAACUUUUAUAGCGGUAACAUUGGGGAUUAGAGAAGAGGUUAUGGUUUCAUCUACAUUUGUGCUACAGCCGGUGUUGGUGGCGGUGUCGUACACAAGCGUAUCUGUUAGGGGAUACAGAGAGAGAAGCAUAGAUAUGCUAUUGAUUCUGGAUAUGGGCUCAGUAUCGCAGUCCAAUUGGGCUUGGCUUCCAAAUCACUUACUGGAUAUGAUUCUAGACAAUUUAGUUUCUCUUUCCGACUAUAUUCGCUUUGGUGCCGUCUGUAAAGAAUGGCAAUCAUUAGCAAUACAGAACAGAGUUCAAUUCUUUAAAAAGAAUCAACAAGUUCCAUUGUUGAUGGUCCCUACAGAAGAUAAUAGCGAGGAAAGACAAUCUUUUGCCUUAACCCUAAUCAACCCAUUCUGUGGGGCCACCAUUGAGCUUCCUCCGGUUAUUGACCGCUCAAAAUUCAAACGUUAUGAGAGCGAUGACGAUUCCGAUGAUGACACAACUCAAGUUGAGGUUGAGUUUGUAGUUAAGAAGGUUGCAUUGUUAGCUGACCCUGCUUUAUCGGUUAAUGACUAUAUUGUUUCCGCAAUCUAUGAUAAUAUUAAUGGAAGAUUGGCAUUCAUUCAGCCAGGAGACAAAGUUUGGACUUAUACUGAUCGAGAUAAAUUCGAUAGUGCCUACGAAGAUGUCAUAUAUUAUAAAGGUCAGAUUCUUGCUGUUGAUCUUUGGGGUAGAAUCAAAAUGAUUAAUCUCAAUAGAAGUGCUCGGGAGAGUAAGGUUCCCCAACAGAAAGUAAUUACACUGCCGCAGACUUAUAGGUUCAAUCAAAUGCGGAUAUAUCUCGUGGAAUCAUCUAGCGGAAAUCUACUUGUUGUAGAAAGGUAUCUAAAAUAUAUAGAUGGUCAGCUUGCAACCUCAGUGUCUAAGGUUUUCAAGAUACUUUUACAACAAACUGAAGAGGGUUUUGCUAAGCGGGUUGAAAUGAAGAGCUUAUGUGGAGACAGUCUGUUUUUGUGA